UGAUGCUGUUCCUCACUGUGCCAGCCAGUGGCAGUGUGUUCAUUUCAAUGGAAACAACUUUGUUAUGUCUUCAGUAUUCAUUUGGCAGUGCUGAGAAUGAGUGGUUUCAGAUUAUCUUCAUCCUAAAACAGAUCAUUUCUCUCAUCAAAAUGUCCCAUGCUCUCCUCAGACUAAUCUGCAUGGGAUUGGUCUUUACAGGGUCCAAAGCAAGCAGUCUGGUCAACCAAUCUCCUCCUGAUAUCAUCCAGAGCAUUGGUCAAUCUGGACCAUGGAUCCAGUGUUCUCACCACAUACAGAACUAUAAUAGGAUUCUUUGGUAUAAACAAACAAAGGACGGACAGUUAACAUAUUUGGGAUAUCUGUUUGGCAAAGAUCCAUAUCCAGAGGUCAAGGGCAAAAUCAAAUUAAAUGGAACUUCAAAUACCAAUGGAGCAAUGAUGGUGGAGAAUCUCCAAUCAAAUGAUUCUGCUGAGUAUUUUUGUGCAGCAUAUGCACGGCUGUGCAGAGAUAGACCUGGCAAGAAGAAUUCUUUGACUUCACCUCAGUCUGUUACCAACAUGCAUGCAGGUUACAUUACAGCCCUCACAGUGGUCUUGUUAAAGGGUUGUGUUUUGACUUCGGAGGUCAACCAAACUCCUCCAGAUCUGAUCAAGAACCAAAAUGCUUCGGUGAUGAUCUACUGCCAACAUAAUGUCCCAAGCUAUUAUGUAAUGUUGUGGUACAAACAAACUCAGGGCAGAGAAAUGACUUUAAUGGCCUUUCUCAAUAUAAAAUCCCCAAACUAUGAAGAACCGUUUGAUGGAAAAGUUAAGCUGGAUGGGGAUGCAAAUAAAGAUCAAAAUAACUCCAUUAACAUAACAAGUCUAUCAGCACAAGAUACUGCUGUAUAUUAUUGUGCAGCUAGUUACCACAGCACAACACAUUUCCUAUCUGUGUGA